GUUUAAGACUUGCGUUAUGGCUAAGUUUGGAGCCAAGGUUAGAGAACUGCGCUUUCUCGUUGCUCAUACUGCUCCUUCGAGCGCUGGGAUUAGGGAUUUCAUUUCACGUCACUAUCUGUCUCUAAAAUCUGCCAAUCCUCAUGUGAAGUUUAUGAUUCGUGAAUCAGAAGGGAUCACACCAAAAGUGUUUGCUCGUUAUGAGAUGGGGAAGGAAGACUAUAUUUCAGUGGCAAAUAACACAGCUGAUGAUAUAAUUUCGAGACUGAAAACUCUAGAUCGAGUAUAAAAUGUUUUUUUGUAACAAUUCUACGCAAAUUAGUUUACAAUUAAUAACUUUGAGGACAAAUAGCAUUGUUGUAAUUUUUAUUCAUUUGUGUCAGCAAAAGAAAUAUUCAACUUGUUAAAAUAUAAGUCAAUUUUGGGUG